UUUUUGCAAAAAGAUUCCCAAACUCGAUUCCCUGCAGGGACUUUGGCUGAACUACCUUGUACUACCGAACAGGAUGCCUUUCUGACAUAUCUCAGCCUCAGGUGUUUUCAAUCGUUUCCAAAGCUGACGUGUGGCGCAAUGGAAAUGCAAUCGGAGAGCGACGAAGAUGCACGGCCGGGCCGGGGGAAGAUUCUGCAGCGGCACAAGCGCGAGAUUAAGGCCUUGCAGGAACAAAAAAAGAUCGAAGCAGGGAGGUUGAUGAGCUUUGCGAAGGCCAAGCGCGAGCACAAGAAAAUUGAGGCACGACAAGAAAAGCGAGAUUUGGAUGAAAAGUACAAGGCCAUGGAGGAUGAACUAAAGCUGAAACAUGCAGACGAAUUGGCUGCCUUCCAACCCGAAGAGAGUUGUGAGAUUGUUGAUGACCACAUUGGCUAUUUGGAAGUAGAUGGGGAAGGCACUCGGAAGUCAAGGCUUCAAAAGAAGAAGGAUUUGCUAGCUGAAAUCGAGAAAGAGCUCAGGGAAGGUCCUGCAGAAAGUGGUUAGCCGAAGAGAUCUGAAAACAUCGUCAGAUCGAUUGUACAUAGCUGGGGCCGUCUCGAGGCAGGGCACGUAAGCCCCUGUACUCCCGAGAGAUGGUCUCGGAGAACGUGCCUUUCGUUAAAAA